CGUUACCACGCCCUUCUAUUACAAUGGCUACUGAAACUCCCUCAGCAAGUACAGCAGCUAUCUCUAUCCCUGUGGCGGCUAGCGUAGUCGGAUCUAGAGAGAAAAGACUCGAGAACGACAAGGAGACACUGUUUUCGUAUUGUAAAGCUUGCCACUUUGUGUCUGUGAAAAGUCAUGGAAGCAGUACUCAAGCUGAGUCUUCCUCGAUAUCUCUGGAGUUUACAAGUGGAGAGAAGAAAACUGAAUUCACUCUCCUUUAUUCAACUGAUUAUCCGAGUGGUACUGUAGUAACUAAUUCGAUUGAUCCUGGAGCUGUCAAGAGCUACGAUCAACCACUCUCAAAUAUAUUUAUUGAUAUUUGUAAAGAAUGGUGUAAAGAUCAUGAGAUUCCGCUUCCUCCCGAAUGUGCUACUACUAAUUCAUCUCUUCCUCCCUCUACCACUUUUACUCCACAACUAUCAACACAAAUAUCUAUUGCCAGCUCAAUAGCAAGCUCAGAGUUAACUGACUCUAGUGACGUUGAUUAUUUUGAUGAUGGUAUGAUGGAUGAUGAUGAUGAAGAAGAUUUUGUAAAUCCUCUUAUACUAAAAGACAUUGAACUAAUUAAGGAGCUACACGGUGACAACUGCAUCGAACACAAAUUGCAUGCUGGAAUCAAUGAGAUGGACAUUCUCCUCUACAUUGAUAUGGGAUUCCUUGAUGGGCACACUGCCUCAGCCUGGGGCGUGGACUCCAGCAUACCAAUCGUCCUUCAUUUUCACUUUCAAUCUGCCAGUGAAUAUUUGGAUGGGCCAGAGCCAAAGAUUGAAGUGUAUCAGAGCUCAAUAUCGAGCAAAGAGAAGAGAAAGUUUGGAUUAGGAACACAAAUACAAAAACUUGUUGAGACAUUCAUUUCCACUAAUUGGAAAAGCACUUCAAACUAUCACCUGAAACAAGAAUAUGAAAAAGUUUCUUCCACCGAUCAAUCGAAAGUCACACCUACAAACACGCCCCCUUCAAGCAUACCGGAUGAAUCAAGCAACUCUCAUAAACUAUUAUUAAUGGGGUUCUCCCCAUCAUCAGUGAGACAAGCUCUUGUAAUGUGUGGGGAGAAGAUAGAGAGAGCCAUUCACCUACUGACCACUGGAGAACUGAUUGAUGAAGAGGAGGAGGGGAAGGGACUGGAGGAAGAAGUGGUCAAGGAAAAGGAAGAGAAGCCAGUUUCUUUUAGGAGACAGGAUUCACAAGGAGCUAGAGCUACUGUGUCACUCCAUCACAGUAUUGAGGAUGUUAAAAUACAGCCAAGUCUUGAAAAUGGAUUCCUUUGUCAGAUAAUGAAGUACACUUUGAACAGGAUCCCAUCAUUGAAUGAGUUUUGUGUUAUCUGUGAUGAGAGACAUGUACUGGAGACAGGACUACUAAGACCGUGUGUAUGUACAAGAGAGUUGUGUGUCUUUGCUUUCCAAACACUAGGAGUAAUGGCUGAUGCUGCUGAAUCAGUAGCAACUGAUGCCAGUGUUGUUGACCUGUUAAUUGCAAUGUGUAAUGCUGCUACCAACAGCAGUAGAGCCUCACUCAUUCUUGAUCCAUUCCCAUCUAUUGUUGAUCCAUCCAAU